AUGCGUUGUUGCAUAGUCGUUCUGGGUGACGUCGGUCGUAACCCCCGGAUGCAGUACCAUGCGCUGUCGCUGGCACAGAACAGCGUCUGUGUUGACUUCAUCGGAUACUACGGCACCGCACCUCACAAGAAAUUGCUUAGCCAUCCGCUUGUGACCUUUCGGUACUUGACGCCGGCACCCACCCUUUGGCCAGGGAUCGGCUUGGUCGUUAAGCUGUUCUGGCAGAUUUUUUCGUUGUUCUUUGCCCUCAUCUGCGUAUCGCGACCUGACUUUUUGCUCGUUCAAAAUCCUCCCGGUCUACCUGCUUUGAUGGUAUGCUUUUUGGUAUCGAAGAUUCGGUGUUUCAAGUUUCUGAUCGAUUGGCACAAUUACACAUGGUCGAUCUUCGGCUUGCGCUGGGGAAAAGAAAGUUUUUUCGUGAAGUUGGUGAAGCAGUAUGAAGUGUUCUUUGGCCAGAUGAGUGACGGUGGGCUGUGCGUUACAAAUGCAAUGCGACAAGACUUGCGGUUUCAUCACAUAAAUGCCAUUACUUUCUACGACAGACCGUUUGAUGCCUUUAGAUCAAUGGGCAAGGAUGACCAACAUCGUUUCCUUGUCAAGAUUGGUCAGUCAUAUCCACAGUUCAGGGAUUUAUCCGUCACGGACAGAGCAGUGGUAAAUGUUUCGAAAGUGGCUAUCGGGAGAAGAUGUUUAGUGGUGACGUCAACAAGCUGGACUCCGGACGAAAACUUUGAUCUGCUGCUAGGUGCGUUGCGUUUGUACAACGAAAUCCUCGUUUCUGGCGAAGUCAAGCGUCUUCCCAACUUGCUUGUUGCCGUUACCGGUAAAGGGCCGCUGAAAAGUCAUUAUGAGCAGGUUUUUGCUUCACUUCAUUUGGAAUGCGUCGAGAUUGUCACAUUGUGGCUGAAUGCCGAGGACUACCCAAAACUUCUAGCUUGUGCUGAUCUUGGAAUAUGUCUUCAUUACUCUAGUUCCGGAAUGGACUUGCCAAUGAAAGUAGUCGACAUGUUUGGUUGUGGCCUACCCGUUCUUGCCAUCUCGUAUGACUGCAUCGCAGAACUGGUGGAGUCGACGAAAAACGGAUAUCUUUUCGAUUCUGCAGAGUCGUUG